CGGUGAAUGCAGUGGCGGACGGUAGCUCCUCAGCAUGCGCCAUUGAAAACAAACGUAGCCGAUACGCUGGUAACCGCUCUAGUUUUAAGUGUUGUAGUCCGGAUCAGUUUAUCAUCUUAAGUUAACCUAAAUAACAUUUAUAAACAAUGGAGACUAUUUUAGAGCAGCAGCGUCGAUACCACGAAGAGAAAGAGCGGCUAAUGGAUGCAAAAACGAAAGAGAUGCUACACAAGAAGUCCACGCUGAGGGAACAGAUCAACUCUGACCAUAGAACAAGAGCGAUGCUAGACAGGUAUAUGGAAGUGAGCGCAAAUCUUCGAGACUCCUAUGAAGACAAGGAUGGAAUGAGGCGGGAUGAGCUUGCUGCCAUCUCAGGACCAAACGAGUUUGCAGAGUUUUACAACAGACUGAAACAGAUAAAGGAGUUUCACAGAAAGCACCCCAACGAGAUCUCCAUCCCCAUGUCUGCAGAGUUUGAGGAGCUGAUGAAGGCCAGAGACAACCCCAGCGAGGAGGCUCAGAACCUGGUGGAGUUCACUGAUGAGGAAGGAUACGGCCGCUACCUUGACCUCCAUGACUGCUACCUGAAGUACAUCAACCUGAAGGGAGUCGACAAACUCGAGUACAUCACUUACCUUUCUUCAUUUGACCAGCUGUUUGACAUCCCCAAAGACAGGAAGAACGCUGAAUACAAAAAGUAUUUGGAGAUGCUACUAGAGUAUCUGCAGGACUACACAGACAGAGUCAAACCUCUGCUGGACCAGAACGAGCUCUACGGGAAAGUGCUGUCAGACUUUGAGAAAAAAUGGGAGAGCGGGAAUUUUCCAGGCUGGCCGAAAGAAACAAGUAGUGCUUUGACACACGCUGGAGCUCACCUGGACCUCUCUGCCUUCUCUUCUUGGGAGGAAUUGGCUUCUUUGGGUCUGGACAGGUUGAAGUCUGCCCUCAUGGCUUUAGGACUCAAAUGUGGAGGGACUCUGGAGGAGAGAGCUCAAAGACUCUUCAGCACCAAAGGAAAGUCUCUGGAAUCACUCGACCCAUCUCUGUUUGCCAAGAACCCCAAAGCCAAAGGUCCUAAAAAAGACACAGAGCGUAACAAGGAAAUUGGCUUCCUGGAGGCUCAGGUCUAUGAAUACGUGGAGAUCCUCGGGGAGCAGAGGCAGCUGACUCAUGAGAACGUGCAGAGGAAGCAGGCUCGGACUGGAGAGGAGCGUGAGGAAGAGGAGGAGGAGCAGCUCAGUGAGAGUGAAAGUGAAGAUGAAGACAAUGAGAUCAUCUACAACCCCAAGAACCUGCCGCUGGGCUGGGACGGCAAGCCCAUCCCAUACUGGCUUUAUAAACUCCACGGUCUGAACAUCAACUACAACUGUGAGAUCUGUGGAAACUACACCUACAGAGGACCCAAAGCCUUCCAGAGACACUUUGCUGAGUGGAGGCACGCUCACGGUAUGCGCUGUCUGGGAAUCCCCAACACGGCUCACUUUGCUAACGUCACACAGAUAGAAGACGCUGUCUCUUUGUGGGCCAAGCUGAAGUCCCAGAAAGCUUUGGAGCGAUGGCAGCCGGACACAGAGGAGGAGUAUGAAGACUCGAGUGGAAAUGUGGUCAACAAGAAGACCUACGAGGAUCUGAAAAGACAAGGCCUGCUGUAGAUAACGGAACAGAGACAUGGAAAUCACCCAACACACGUCCUUCAAGAUUUGUUGUAUUUUUUUACCCUUCAUGUUUGUUUUUAUUUUUUUGUAGUUAUAUUGUUUUACAGACCGCUCCUCCAUUCCUCCCUUUGAUAACUUUGUAACGUGGCAGACAUUGAUCAUUAUAAUAAACAGAGUCCUUUUGUCA